AUGGAGGCACCGAUCCGCGUGCGACGCGUGGACUUCGACAUCAGUAGCGAGAACCACUACGUGAUCGUGAUUCACGGCACGUUCGACGCGCCGCCACCCGGCGGAGCGCCGACGUGGUACCAACCGCCGCCUGCCGGCGAGCAGAAUUUCUGCCGGAAGCUCAGCCGGCUGCUCGCGCUCGGGCCGAUCGGGCAGGACGCGGUCUGGCGCGACUUGCCGUGCUCCGCGCUCCCGGGAAUUCCGUACCCGUUCCACUGGGACGGCUCGAACACGCAUGCGGGGCGCGUAACGGCGGCGAUGAAGCUGCACAACCUGAUCGACCAGAUCGCGCAGAAUGACCCAGCGGCGCGGAUCCACCUGGUGGCGCACUCGCACGGCGGGAACGUGCUGCUCAAAACCAUCGAGCUGUACAUGGCGAAGCUGGCGCGGCGCCCCAAGGCGGAGUGGCACCCAGCGGUGGCGCAGCGCUUCUGGGCGGCGCACCGGCGCAGCUACGAGCUGAUCAAGAAGUGGCGGCGGCUGGAGUUGUACGACUCGUGGUGGCGCUUCUUCCCCUUCCUCGUUGUGUACCGAGGGUUCAACGGGCAGAGGGUGAGCGGUGUGAAGGAGACCUACCCAUGGGCGCACCACCAAUGGCUGGACACCCUCCUCGGCCUGCCAGCAGUGCGGCAGCGCCGCUUCCUCUCCUUCCGCCAGGCCACCUCCCCCGUGACCAACGCGCUGGGCUCUCUCGUGUUCCUGGGCACGCCGUUCUACAUCAAGAAGUGGCAGCGCCACGGCUUCGCGCGCAUGCUGCUGUCCGUGGGGGUGGGCGUUCUGCUCACGUACCUCUUCAUUCUCGCGUACACGGCGUUGUGGGAGCUGCUCGUGCUGCUCAUGGCUGGCAGGCCGCAGGAGUUUUACGCGGAGUCGGGCCCUCACCUGAUCCUCCUUCUCAACUUCCUCAUCGCCACGGGCAUCAUGCUGCUCGUGCUCGUCAAGCAGAUCAUGGACGCCACAGGCAACACAGUGCUGUACAGCGGCAACCUCUACCACAACCCGGCCUUCGACUGGUCGCCUGCCAUGUCCGCCCUCGUCAUUCACGCCGGCAAGCUUGAUGAGGCGAGCCUCGCGCUAUCCAUGGAGCCAAUCACGCGAGCCUACGUCUUCCCGCACCUGACAAAACUCCUGAAGCAGACCCCCUGGGCGCCGCUCCCCAAGGCACCCACACGCUACGCCCCCCAGCGAGUGUGGUGCGCGUUCCUCUUCCACUGCUCCGUUGUGCUCGUGUGGGACGUCCUCUUCUUCCUCCCUGCAGCCAUCUUGUCUCUCUUCUCGCACCUCAUCGCGCCGCUGGUGACCGGGUGGAUUCAGCAGGCUGUGGUGGCCGUCAGCUUUGGGCUGUCUCCGGGGGAUUUGAGCUACGCGUAUGUGUAUGUGGACGAGAAUCUAGACAUGGAGCUGGCCACUCAGCAAGUCGAUCACUGGAACGUGCAGAAACUUCUUGCUGAGGCAAAGUCCAAGCCACUCAAAGGCGAGCUGAUUUUCGUUCCCUCUCCCACCCCUUUCUCCCCACUCAUUCUCCCUCCUGUCCCUGUCCCCCAUCCCCCCCUUCAGAAACUCCUGGCGGAGGUGAAGACCAAGUCACUCAAGGGCGAGCUCAUGCCCGGCUAUGAGGACGACCCUGUGGAGCAACCCGAUUGGCUGGAGCCAAAACUGCUGGCGGAGGCAAAGACCAAGUCACUCAAGGGCGACCUCAUGCCCGGCUAUGAGGACGACACUGUGGAGCAACCCGAUUGGCUUAAGCCAAAACUGCUGGCGGAGGCAAAGACCAAGUCGCUAAAGGGCGAGCUCAUGCCCGGCUAUGACCCAUCUCUUAUCAUCACCCUCCCCGUCUCACUUCUGACCGUCACCAUAUCCCACCCCUUCCUCUCUCAGAAACUGCUGGCGGAGGCAAAGACCAAGUCGCUCAAGGGCGAGCUCAUGCCCGGCUAUGACCCAUCUCUUAUCAUCACCCUCCCCGUCUCACUUCUGACCGUCACCAUAUCCCACCCCUUCCUCUCUCAGAAACUGCUGGCGGAGGCAAAGACCAAGUCGCUCAAGGGCGAGCUCAUGCCCGGCUAUGACCCAUCUCUUUUCAACACCCUCCCCGCAAAGACCAAGUCGCUAAAGGGAGAGCUCAUGCCCGGCUAUGAGGACGACACCGUGGAGCAACCUGAUUGGCUGGAGCCAUCCCCUGCCGCCCAUCGCCGUGACCGCACGCCUGUUUUUGACGGCAGCAGCACCGGCACUGCCACUGUGCAGCAGCAGCCCGAGUGGCUGAAGUUACCCCCUGCUGCCACUGUGCUAUCUCCCUCUUGUGAGGGGGGUAGCGGAAGUGGGGAGGGUGGCGGAAACGAGGGGGGUGGCGGAAACGAGGGGGGUGGUGGAAGUGGGGAGGAGAGUGGAAACGAGGGGGGGUGCGGGGCGCCUCACAAAGCUCUGGCUGCUGCGCUGAGGAAGAACACACACAGUGUGUUUCGGAAGCGACGGGGUGCGCGAGGGCUGCUGCUGAGGCGCACUGGCGGUGCGAGGAGCAAGGAGGGCAGCAAGGGGGCUCGGCAUGGGUCUCUGGCAGGUGGAACUGACACAGGUGGGGGAGAGGGAGACAGGGAAGGGGAGAUUGACAUUGUGGAUGGGGCGGUUUCAUCUGGUCCCGGCCCUGUUUCAUCUCAUGCUCCAUCUGGUGCCGCCCCCACUCCUGCUGGCGCCAGUACAAGCACUGCCAGGGACCCGCGUGAGAAACUGGCCUUUGAGUUCCUCUGGGAUGACAGGGAGCUCUCCAAACUAGCAGAGCAGUCGCAGACGUUCCAGCGCCUCAAGUCCCAGCUCCCCACCAUGGGUCGCAACCCCCGGCUGAGCGACCGGGAGUUUGAGCGGCAGUUGCAGCAGCUGUGUGUGAUGAUUGAAGAGCGUGUGGGGGAGAUUACAGGGCGGUGUGAUUUGAAUCACGGGGCGUAUUUCCGGGAUCCGAGGAUUCUGAGAGUGGUGGCGCAUUUUAUUGAGAAGCGGGAGCUUCCGGAGUGGUCUAAGCAUGUGGACGGGGAUAUAUGGCGGUGGAACGAGCAUUUGAAUGAGGUGCACUCGCUGCAGCUGCUGCAGAUGUCGCAGGGAGGCCGAGGAGCGGGAGGCGAUGGAGGGGCGGAAGGCAGUGGGGCGUCUGUUUGUCCAGAGUGUAAAGGUGCUUCCGCUAGGCUGAAGACGCUCUUUAGGAGUAUCCGGGGGGGGAGUCAGAGGGAGGGGGGCCAGAGGGAGGGCGGAGGGCACGGGUUUUUGAGUGGGCACGCAGUGCACUUUCCUCACAUGCCUGAUUUCGCCAGUGGCGCACGGAGCUUGCAUCUACCGCACAUGCCUGACUUGGCCAGUGGCGCACGGAGCUUGCAUCUACCGCACAUGCCUGACUUGGCCAGUGGCGCCCGGAGCUUGCAUCUUCCACACAUGCCUGAUUUUGCCAGCUUUGGGCAUCACAAGAGCAAGGCAGUGGGAUUUGGCACUCCUGCUGCUGCUGGUGGUGGCACUGCUGCUGCUGCUGCUGCUGCUGUUGCUGCUGCUGAUGCCGCUGCUGCUGCUGCUGCUGAUGCUGCUGCUGCUGCUGCUGCUGCUGCUGGUGGAGUUUCACGAACUCCUGACAGCCACACGGAGAGGGCGGGCAGCAGUGGGCAGCAGGCACGGCGGCUGAUGAUGCAGCGAUCAAUGCCGGUCUCCCAUAUGUGA